AUGGAAGGGUCCGUCAGACUCCUGGCCUGCUUGGUGUGCAUCCUCCCGAUGGGAUCGCUUGUGAGAACUAAGAGAGAUACUACCGGGAACUUGCCCAACACAGAGGUGCACAGUGCCCCGACGCAGCGCUGGUCCAUGCAGCUGCCGGCCGAGGUGAGCGCGGCGGCGGGCGAGGCGGCCGUGCUGCCCUGCACCUUCACGCACCCGCACCGCCACUACGACGGGCCGCUGACGGCCAUCUGGCGCGCGGGCGAGCCGUUCGCGGGCCCGCAGGUGUUCCGCUGCGCGGCGGCGCGGGGCAGCGAGCUGUGCCAGACGGCGCUCAGCCGGCACGGCCGCUUCCGCCUGCUGGGCAACCCGCGCCGCAACGACCUCUCGCUGCGCGUGGAGCGCCUCGCCCUGGCCGACGCGGGCCGCUACUUCUGCCGCGUGGAGUUCGCGGGCGACGUCCACGACCGCUACGAGAGCCGCCACGGCGUCCGGCUGCGCGUGACCGCUGCCCCGCGGAUCAUCAACAUCUCGGUGCUGCCGGGACCCGCGCACGCCUUCCGCGCGCUCUGCACGGCCGAGGGGGAGCCGCCGCCCGCCCUCGCCUGGUCCGGCCCGGCCCUGGGCAACCGCUCCGCCGGCGCGCAGGGCCCGGGCCAGGGCAUUGGCCACCAGGUGACCGCCGAGCUGCCCGCGCUAGCCCAAGACGGGCGCUACACGUGCACGGCCUCCAACAGCCAGGGCCACGCCGAGGCCAGCGUCUACCUGUUCCGAUUCCAUGGCGCCUCCAAGGCCUCCACCAUCGCCCUCCUGCUCGGCGCGCUCGGCCUCAAGGCGCUGCUGCUGCUGGGUGCCCUGGCCGCCUACGCCAGCCGCCGCCGCCUAGAGGAUCCAGUCACCCAGGACACCCCACCACGGUCGCAGGCUCAGGAGUCCAAUUAUGAGAAUUUGAAUCAGAGGAGCCCGCGGAGUCCACCCGCAGCCACGUGUCCACCACGGGGAGCCCCUCAGACACAGGCAUCUGCUUGUGCACCUUGA